GCCGCCCGGCUCUCCAAGUGCGAGCGAGGAGCACGGGGGCUUUUUUAGGGGUGGUUGCUAAGCGAGGCGCUACCCAGCGCAGGGUUUUGUAACUAAGCCUCCCCCGGCAGCGGCUGUUGCUGUUCUCCGGCUCCUUCGCUAACGAUUGCAGGAGAAAUAAUGAGGAUGUAAUUAUUACAGCCCUGCGCGGAGGGCUGGGAGGCGGCGGGCGCGGGCUCCUCUGCCUGCGCGCCCAGGUGGGGCUGGGCUGGGCUGGGCUGGGCUGGGCUGGGUUGGACUGGACUGGACACCUCUCCCCGCCCGGCCCUCCCUCCGCGCGCGGCGUGUGUGGUGCCGGAGGCUUCGGAGCAGGCUGGACCUGGGAACCCGGGGAGGGGCCUCGGGGAAAGAUAGUUGGGCGAGGUAGGCGCUGGCGAGAAGGCGGAGCCCCGGGACAGCGGAGGUUCUCAGGUGCAGAGCGGGCGCGGGGGCGAGGGCGCGCGGCGGGUCUGCGAUGCGUGUCGGAAACUCGCGGCCCCCGGUCCGGGCCCUGCGCGCUUGGAGCCCGGGUCCUUCCCGCCCCUGCGCGACGCCGCCGCCGCCGCCGCUGGUGAAUGGCGAUCCCGGCCACGGCUUGGAAUUGGGAAUUCGUGACUUAUUGGCGGCGCCGGUCUUGUAUCGAUUAAAGAUAAAGCGAUCAGCAGUGAAUUUAUCCUUCGUGUGGAUGAACUCGGCCAGCCCGGGCUGUGGGGGGUUUGGGAGCUGGAAAUAUCCUCCAAAGCGUCGCCGCUUCUCCCAUCAUCCCGGACUCGAGGCUGGAGGCAGCUCCGGUGACGCGAAGGCGAGGACCCCCGGGCGGGGUCGGGCCGGGGGCGCCCCGGACAGAGACCCGGUCCCAGCGCCUGAGACCCGGUCCCAGCGCCUGGCGGAGCCCGGCGAUCCGCGCUGUCAGGAGGACUCAUCAACAGCCGGUGAAUUAAUUGUGUUUGCAGUUGGGAAAUAACCCAGCACCUCGGCGUAGCCCGAGGAAGUCCAGGAGGCUCUCCAAGGACCCUUCCCCCAGGUCGCGAAGCUGCGCUAAACCCCGGCCCCAGCACACCUUGGAAAGCACAUUUUGGCCUGAGAUGAACGCACCUUACACCAUUUUCAUUUUACUUCCUUUUCUCUGAGAAAGGUAAUAGAUAACCAAGGCCAAAAAUGGCGAAAUGGUGAAAAAAUGGUAAUUCUUGGCAGGUCAAGUUGUUACUCUGGGUUUAAAAAAAUGUCAUUAAUCAGGAUUUUCCAGUAGCCAAAUUGUCUUGUGCCGGCAGCUGGGUGACUCACAGAUUUGGCUCCAAUAGUAAUUGUAGAGUGUGCGUACCAUUUCCUUCUGGAUGGCGUGACUUUUUCAUUGCUUGGAAGAGAACACAUUAGAAUAUUUUAUCCCCUACAUCUGGCAGCUUGGGGAGCAGGCUGUAGGCAAUAUUCUGUCCAAGCACAAUCUGGGCGGGGAGGACGCAGAGGGACAGAGGUGACACAGAGCUGGCCCUGUCCUGGGUUCUGUCUCGGGUCACCUGAGGCAUCUUCACCGCGGCAGCUCAGGGGCGUGGGGUCUGCUCUCAGUGAUGACCUGGGGCGCGUCCUGCCUCUGUGCGCCAUUCCUGCCUCUUCACUGUCACUCCUUGGUGAUCGCCCCUGUUCUUGGGUAAAAGUGGAGAGGUGCGGAAGGGCUUCCUCUGUUGAUCUACCACGUCAAAUCUGUAUGUUGUAUUUUCAGGUUAAAGGGUAAGCGUUGUAAGCAAAAUGAGUACUAUGUCAAAUAAUUCAAAGGAAUGAAGUAAUUAAAAGUAAAGUUUUCUCAACACAGAGAUGUUUUCUCAGAUAAGCAUUCUAAGUCAACUUUUCAUAGUAUUCAGUGUGUAUUUGUUAUCCUUCGAAAGAACUUUGCACUUACGAUAGUCCGAAGUGGUAUAGCUUGAGACAGAAAUAAACAUGUAUUUAUUUACCAA